AUGAGGGUUUUCCAGCCUUUCAGUGAAGUGAGGGUAGGACGAAAAGAGUUUGUGGAUUCAUCUGUAAAACUUACUGAGAAGGUGAAACUACAAUGUAUAUAUCCAAAAAAAAGAGUGAUAAUCCAGACAUCCUGGAUGAAAAUUACUGUAACUCAUAAAGAAAAUGCAGCUGUCUUACAUCCAACCUAUGACAUUCAUAGAAAAGACAAAUACAAUGGAAGAAUUUGUUUUGUAAAUGCUUCCAGUGACAAGUCCUCAUCCUUCAUCAAGAGCACUUUGAAAGAUGAUGAUCUUUACAUUUGCUUCAUUGUAACUACUCCAGAUGGAAUUUUGAAAAAGAGAAUAGGAAUUAUUCAGGCAGAUGCUUUUGAAGUAUCUGAGAAACAAAAUAAUACUGUGUUUACCAAAGCAGGAGGAAAUGUUAUUUUUUCUCGCCUUUAUAAAACUGGAGAUUCGGUGCAGCAAGCAAUGUGGGAAAGGAUUAAAGCAGAUCGAGUAGAUAUUUUCAUUCUGUGCAACUCUUCAGGAAAGCAAAGCUUUGUUUCAGAUAUCAAAGAGCAUACACUGGUGGAUUGUUCUCAUCAGGCAAACUCCAGGAUUUUCUUUUGAAACAUUGCAGCCUCUGACUUAGCAAUGUACUGCUGUGUAGCUGCCGGAAGAAACGAAACCUGUGUGAUGAGUUCUACUGUGGCUGGUAAGUAA